UCUCAACAACUACACACAUUCCCUUUUUUAUUCUUUCUCACAUCACACACUGCACCGAGACGACACAGCACUCUAGUGUUACAGUCACGAUGCCGUCGUUUUCCCAGUCAAACAAGUUUGGCGCCCUCGAAAUUGACGACUUUGUAGAGGUCGACGAAAUCGAAAUCGAAGAGGAAGAGCAGGUCGACGACACCCCCUCUGCCCCUUUGUCCAAGGGCGCGAAGAAGCGCGCCGCCAAGGCUGCUGCAAAGGCCGCCGCCGCUGCCGCCGCCGAGGCGGAGGCCGAGGCAGCAAAGCCGGCCCCCGCCGCAUCAGCAGCCAAGGUGAACGGCGCGAGCAAGCCCGCUGCGGCAGCUGCUCCUGCGACGGCCAACGGCUCAAAGGCCAAGGAGGCUCCUUCCGCCGCCGCACCUGUUGCCGUCCCACAACUCGUGGUUCCUACCGCCGCCGCGCCCGCGAAGAAGGAAGCCGCAGCGAGCGCCGCAAAGGACGACGAUCCCCCCUCGACCCCCACGCGCGUCCCAUCGCCUCCUGCGGUCCCCUCGUCGCCGAGGUUUGAGCCCGCCCUCCCGGCCGAGCUGCCCCACCCCACAGCCAACCAGCUCCCUGCCAACAGGAAACGCAGGACGCCCGAGGACUUCACCCCCGUCGGCCCCAACGCCGCGCUCACCGCCGCCAGCCCGAACAAGAACUCUGUCAAGUUUGAGGACGGCGUCGUUCCUGGCGAGGGUGUCGAGGGCGAGAAGACGAUCACCCCCAAGAAGGAGACGCCCGCUGCCCCAGAGAAGAAGCACCAGAACGCCAUUGAGCGCACGGUCUGGACCUUCAUCAUGAUCUUUGGAUUCAUCACGAUUCUGUCCCUUGGUGCGCCUUACAUGAUCAUGCUCGUGCUCGUUUGCCAGACGCUUGUGUACAAGGAGGUCACUGCCCUGUUCAACCUCCGCGACCACGGUACCAAGGUCAUCAAGCCCAGCCCCGGAGAGAAGGGCGACGAGUGGAGCAAGACCCUCAACUGGUACUUCUUCGUCGUCACCAACUACUUCCUCUACGGCGAGUCGAUCAUCUACUACUUCAAGCACAUUGUGUUUGUGGACGCGUACUUCAUCCCCUUUGCCAAGAACCACCGCUUCAUCAGCUUCAUGCUGUACACGCUCGGCUUUGUCGGCUUCGUCGCCAACCUCCAGCGCCAGUAUCUCCGCCAGCAGUUUGCCCUCUUCUGCUGGGUGCACAUCUCGCUUCUCCUCAUUGUGGUCUCGAGCCACUUUAUUGUGAACAACAUUCUUGAGGGCAUGAUCUGGUUCUUCGUGCCCGCAUCUCUUGUCAUCUGCAACGACGUUUUCGCCUACGUUUGUGGCAAGCUCUUUGGUCGCACGCCCCUCAUCAAGCUCAGCCCCAAGAAGACGGUUGAGGGCUUCAUCGGCGCUUUCAUCUGCACCCUCAUCUUCGGUUACGGCUGGGGCACCUUCUGGAUGCAGUUCCCCUACAUGAUCUGCCCUGCCAGGGACCUCGGCGCCAACGCUUUCUCGACCAUCGUCUGCAAGCCCAACCCCGUGUUCAUCUGGCGCGCGUACGAGUUCGCGGGCCCCGUCGGCCAGACUCUCAAGGCUAUUGUGAGUGGGCACGAGAUUCAACAGCUGCUGACAAGCCAGUUCGGCACUUCUGCCGUCCCCUACGCUCCUUUCCAGUUCCACACCCUGGUCAUGGCGACUUUUGCGUCGCUCGUGGCCCCCUUCGGCGGCUUCUUUGCUUCAGGCUUCAAGCGUGCCUUCAACAUCAAGGACUUUGGACACUCCAUCCCCGGCCACGGUGGUAUGACUGACCGCAUGGACUGCCAGUUCAUGAUGGGCAUGUUCGCCUACGUCUACUACUCGUCCCUCAUCCGCAUCCAGUCUGUUACCGUCGGCUCUAUCCUGCAGACGGCCGUCGUCUCGCUCACGACCAGCGAGCAGCUGGAACUGCUGUCCGACCUGAAGCGCUUCCUCGAGGGCCAGGGUGUGCUGAGCAGCUAAAAAGCCGACAGACGAACCGCCUGCGGGUUGUCGUCAACCGGAAACCACGGCGGCGUCGUCUCUUGACAUGUAGAUCUCUUUUCAUAGGACUCGAGUCGUGUGAAUAAUCGCCACAGCGGCGUUCAUGAUACCAUCCAUACAGACAUGCAUUGAAUCAAAGCG